UGAAUUUUUUUAUAUUGUUUGUCGCUUAAAAUCUUUAACUGUUCUCCCUCGCGGAAACACCGUCCGAACAAGCCUAUCUUUUUUCCAUGCAUGAACGGGAACAAGCGAAGCCACUCAAACAAACAGUGGCUUAUAACGGCCGCCCCUGUGAUGUGAUGGCUUCGAGCCAUUCGACCCUCUUCCCAAUCCUCAAGCUUGUUAUCUCAAAGCCGAGUAAUCCUUCUUCAGAAUACUUUUCACAUGACCGUGCGCUAUGGUAUCCAAUCGUAAUAUCAUUCCUUCUCUUUUAUUUGUGUCAUCUAUAGCAUAGGCUUGAGGUCCUCGGCGACGUGGAAGGGAGCCUCUGUCUUGCUCUUGACCUCGUCAACAGUGACACCGUCUGCGAUCUCGAUAAGGGUAAGGCCGUUGGCGAAGUCGACAUCGAAGACACCCUAGGAAGAGAGUUAGUAUAUUAUCAACAGAGGACAUGAAACUUUAGGGAAACUCACCAGCUCAGUAAUAAUUCUCGAC